AUUUCUCAAUUUUUAUUUACUCAAGAAUAUGAAUCGCUGAGAGAAAAACAGGACGAUUUGUUAUGGUAUGAGAGGGAUGAUUUAGAACUUGACCCAAACUCCACCUCGAAUGAAGAAACGAAUGAUUCUGCAGAUGAAAAACUUGAAAGUAUAAAUGAAGAUACAAAAGAACAGGAAUACAAUGAUGAAAAGAAAAAAAAGGUAAAGCGAAAAAAAGUUAUGAAGUCUAAGUCUUUUAGUGGUGAAUAUGUUUAUCCUCUUGAUCUCUGGUGCUUGUUGUCAAAAUUCAUUCGUCCAGAAGAUGUCUUACGAUUCUCUCUCGUAUGUAAAGGAGCUUUUCAGGCUGUUACAUUCUCUGCAUUCUGGCUCCGCCUGUACAAUAUUUAUGUCUGUGAACCAGAGAAACUUCCAGAACAUUUACAGCCAAGUCGAAUCGACUGUGGCACAGGGCUACGAACACGUGUGGUUCAGGCACUAUUUCACCAGUAUGGGGAGUUGAAAAGUAGACUCGUAACCGUAACAGGAGACAGCUCUUGUAUGGAUGCCUUACUGUUUUAUUGGUGCUCAUCAGUCUGGUUUCAUCAAAAAAUAAAAAAAGACACUAAGAUAUGGAUGUUUUAUUUCAAACUUUCUAGUGAGAAAACAAAAAGUUCACACACAAAUCCGAGACGUUUUAGUAAAAAAUGGUUCAAUACAGUUGAUUUUGUUCGGGAUAAUCCUAACGAAGGUUUUACUGUACUUGCUGUAAGUUGUCUUAAUUUUAUAUCUUUUCAACCUGUCAUUGGAAUGGUUUUGACUGAAGCAUUAGUGGGCGUUAGCCAAGGUAUGAAGCAUUGUCGUGUCAAACUUAUGUUUCAUAGCCAUCGGAAAGACAAACGAUAUCGGCCAGAGAGUGGAUAUCAAGUAAUUUUGGAUCCUGUUCAAGAUGUGCGCGUGCUCAAAUGGUGGCAUCCGCUUUAUCCGACGUGAUUAAUCAUAAGUUAUCUAACGUACAGCCAGGAUAUGA